CAGUAACAGACACUAUAGAGAUGAUAUCACUUCUUAUAAAAUGGACAGGGAAUUCGAUUUUGAAAUACACCUCUCAGAUCUAGAGGAUCGAGAUUCCUAUGAUUAUGAAAAUAUAUCAGAUAGUAUGACACCGGAAGGUGAACCAACAUGCGAUAUUAAGCAUGGAAACCUAAUAGUAGAAGUAGAUGGAAAGAAAUUCUAUCAAUCGGUGACCAAAGGAAUAGAUUUAAUACAAAUAGGAGAUUCAGUGGAUGUGGUAGUGCAGUUCCUGUCAGAGGAAAGACGUAUAACACGCCUAGCAAAAAUAGCGGCAAUAUUCCAAGAUGAAACUGAUGAGUUAUUUGCCGAAGUGGCAUACUACUACGAUGCAAACGAUAAAAUACCAGGAAUAACAGCUGACUUCUCAACGCAACGACGCAGUGGUAACGAGGCUAAGGAUAAAUGGCAAGGGUUCACCCAUCAUAAUGAAGUUAUUGCAUCUAAUCUGUUCCAAUGCGUCACUGCAGAAGCUAUAGACGAUAUAGUACAAGUACACAGUUCACUAGAAGAAUAUCAAGCAGCAGUAGAAGAACAAGAUGAUGAAUACGGACAUGUAUUCUGCAAUAAAAUGUGCUACAAAGAGUCACACGCAAUAAAACCAUUUGAUAUAAAGACAAAAUGGAAUGAUAUAUUGCUUGAAUCAAGCGAGUAUAAUAGGGUAUACCUCUUGGCAAAAGGGGAUGCUACAGAACUAAAGGCAUUCCAGAAUGAGUACAUCCUGGGAAGAGAACAUGAAGCCAACCAAAUAAGAACAUUCAUAGAAACCGGAAUUAAACAAGGAGGUACAGGACAGUUACUAUAUAUCAGCGGUGUGCCAGGAACUGGAAAAACAGCCACAGUUAACAUGGUAGUAAAAGAAAUAUCAAAUAAAAAACAUAGCGGGAAAUUGCCAUGGUUUGAAUUAGUUGAAAUAAAUGGUGUCAACCUAGUUGACCCAAAUGAUUUCUAUCGAGUGCUAUAUAAAAAGAUAUUCAAAAAGAAGUCGCCACACCAUAUCAACGCAUACAAACAACUCGAUAAGUUCUUUGAGAACAACAAAACACCAAUUGUAAUAAUAGUGGAUGAAGCGGAUUAUAUAGUAACGAAAAAACAAAAGGUACUAUUCACAAUAUUCAAUUGGCCACAAAGGAAGAAUUCGAAACUUAUUGUAGUUAUUGUCUCGAAUACGAUGGACCUGCCAAGCAAAAUGAAAGCGUCAUGCGUAAGCAGAUUGGCAUUCGGUACACUGGUGUUCCAGCCGUACAAGUACCAACAGAUAUUAGCAGUACUGUCGGCUAAUAAGGAUAUCGCAAAUAAUAUUGACGAUUUGGCACUGCAACUAUGCGCCAGAAGAGUUACGAACUAUAGUGGUGAUAUGAGAAAAGCAAUGCAAAUAUGUAAACUCGCUUUGUCAUUAGCAAAUAACGGAAAGGUAACCACCGCUGAUAUGAAUCGUGUAUCAAAUAUGGUAUUAAGCUCAGCAGUAAUAGAAGCAUUAAGGCACUCAUCAAAACCUUUGGCAUGCCUUCUGGUGGCCAUGGUACUAGAACUUAAAGAUACACAACUCAACGUUGCUUGCGCAAGAAAAGUAUACGAUGCAUUUAGAGGGAUGAUGGCAGUAUUGGAACCUGAUAUAAAAGCUACGAUAUCAAUAAACUCAUUCAAAAAACUACUAGUAUCUGCCGCAACAUCAGGUAUCAUCUCAUUGGAACCAACAGUAUUCACAUCCGUUGCUCCAGGUAGAAAAGUGCAAAUUGAUCCCGUAAUAUCCGAAGAAUUGGGAGAUACAGGGAUAGUACCAGAAGUAGAUGUCGGCCAAAUUGUUACCGCGCUUUCAAGGGACCCGUUCUGGGAACAACGACUACGUGAUCUGUAGUCC